AUGUUUAUAGAGGAUAUACGAAAUGAUUUUUACAAUGUAGUUCUCGGAAACAGGGUGUUGCUACUUGUACACUACGAUGUGGAUGCAAUUUGUGCCUGUAAAAUUCUUCAAGAUCUAUUUAAAUGUGAUAACAUAUCGUAUACAUUAGUCCCAGUUGGGGGUAUAUCAGAAUUAAAGAGUGCCUAUGAUGAGAACAACGAAGAGAUUAAAUAUGUAGUUUUAGUGAAUUGUGGUGGGACUAUAGAUUUAGUGGAUAUUCUACAGCCAGAGGAAGAUGUUGUGUUUUUUGUUCUGGACUCUCAUAAACCAACAGAUAUUUGCAAUGUUUAUAGUGAUGGCCAAGUAAGGCUUAUAUAUAAGGAUGAUGAAGAAAACAUUCCAAACUUUGAUGAUAUAUUCAGAGAUGAGGAGGAGGAGGAGGAGGAAGAGCAAGAAGGUCGUGAAGCUCUUGAGGCAGUUAUAGAGCGUCGUCGCACUCGUAAAGCUUGGGAGGAGAGACGCCACACACUCAUGUUUAAUUAUACUCAGUUUAGCUACUAUGGAAAACCGAGUUCAUGUGUGGUCUUGGAGUUGGCUGUGCGCGUUUCGAGAGUGGAUGCAGGAGUGCUAUGGGGCGCUGCGGUGGGAGGCUCGGCGCAGGCCGCGCUCGCUGUGCGCCCGCCAGCAAGGAGGUUAUUAGAUAUGGAACCUCUACAGAGACAUGUUGCCGCAGCAUCUAGAGGUGAUGACCAGCGGUAUGCUCAAGUUGUUGUUGAUAAGGAUCUCAACCUGCCUCUGUACCGCUGGUGGUCGGUAGAAUCGGCUCUGAGACAUGCUCCGUUAAUAGCUCCUCUACUGAAACUUCACACGGCCUCAGGCAACGCCAGAGUACGACAACUACUCGCUGAUAUGGGGUUCCCACUUCAGCAAGCUCGUCAGGCUUAUCGUUCUAUGGAUGUGGAGCUCCGUCGUUCGUUACUAUCAUCGCUGGAGGGUGUCGCUCCUCGCCACCAGCUGCCCCCGCCCGCUCACACAGCCUUAUUACUGCGGAGGGCGCACGCUCCGCCUGUGCCGGCCCUAGAUGCUGUGUACGCCAUCAUGGCGCUCAUAGAACACGAGAGCAUACCCCGCGAGGAAGGUUUCCAAUUGGCGCUGGCGUCACUCCAAGUCUGCGGUGAGAACGACAGUCUCAAACAAGGCAUCGCCGCAGCUAAGAAGUCUCUUGAGGCUGUAGCUCGUAUGUCACAGAGCACACUUGCCUCGCGGGGUCUCAUGCUGGCCGGACCUUUCAAUUAUUUCAUAGUACAGGAGGGUGCUACGGAGUCAUUGUCGUUAAGAGGUCCACUAUGGCUGGGCGAGGCAGCGCGGUGGGCGGCGCGGGCCGGCGGUUCUCGACGGCCUCUGCUGGCCUCAUCACCGCUAUCAGACGGAAGAUGCCUCUUGCUAGGGAUACCGCCGCGUUUCGAUCAAGAGCCACGGAAUCUGUUUGGAGCUGCGUUUGAACAGGCGGCUGCUAAGAGUGGUGCAUCUGUGUCUUUGGAUUAUGUGGACACAUCUGUGGUGUCACUGCCAAUAGCACAAAGAGCGCAGUUUCUUGACGCUCUAACAGCACUAUUGGCUUAA